AACUAAAUAACUUGUUAUGGAUAUCGAAGAGCCUAAGAAAGUCAGACUUUAUCCACAGGAGAAUGGAGUCCAUGCAAUCAGACCAAGAAAGUAUCAUCUGAGAAUCAUGCCAAAGAUCAAUGAAAUACUCAGAUUCUCAGCUAUUUUGAGAAUGGAAAUUGAAGUUAGCCAAGAUGGACUUGAUGAAGUUUAUAUUCAUUCCAAGAAUCUGCAAUAUAGUUCUAUUAAGUUGUUAACUUCUGACGGAGAAAUCCCUGGAGAAAUAUUCGAAGCAGAUGAUUAUGAGAAGUUUACCUAUAAAUGUUCUUUCUUCACUAGCGAAGCUGGUGAAAGGUACAUUUUUGAGAAAGGAUCUUACACAAUUCUGUUCGAAUAUGAAGGAGAUAUAGUAGAGAAAGAUUCAGGAUUUUAUGCUUGAGUAGAUCCAAGAUUUACCAAGAAGCAUUUUAACUCCCAAUCAAUGACAUUCACCAGGGCAUACAUAGAAUGUGAAAGUAAUGAAGAGCUGAAGGAAUCUUUGAUAGAGAAUUCUGUGGUUUGCAGCACUCUUGAACCGGUAGAAUGCAGAUCUAUCAUGCCUUGAUUCGAUGAGCCUGUGCAUAAAGCUAUCUUUAGUGUUGAAGUCAUGGUGUAUAACAAGCAUCAUAUUGCUAUUUCAAACUCUCCAGUGGCACAAAUUGAAGAAAUAGAGGAAGGAAGGUUGUACAAAUUUGAAGAUACUCCUUUAAUGUCAACAUAUCUUCUCUGCAUCAUAGUGGGAAAAUUUGAUUAUCUCGAAGACACUAUCGAAGAUAGAAUAAGUACAAGGGUGUAUACCCCUUCUGGCCUUGCUGAAUUGGGAAGGUUCUUUCUAGAGAUGGCAACCAAGGCUCUCCGCUUCUACGAAGAUUAUUUUGAUAUAAAAUAUCCAUUGAAAAAGUUAGACUUAGUUUCACUUCACUCAAUGCAUGUGAGAGCAAUGGAGAAUUGGGGAUGUAUAACCUUUUUCUGUGAAAACUUCCUCAUGGACUUACAAUCAGAAUCUUCAAAAACUGUAAUCCGAAGCUCCAGGACCAUAUGCCAUGAGAUAUCUCACAUGUGGUUCGGCAAUCUGGUCACCAUGGAAUGGUGGACAGAUAUUUGGCUUAACGAGGGAUUUGCAAGAUUUAUGGAGUUCCUUGCACUUGAUGAGAUCCAUCCUGAAUUCCAUGUAUGGGAUCAGUUUAUAAAUGAUGUCUUUACUAGUGGGAUUUCUCAAGACAGAGGUUAUAGGUCUCACCCAAUUGAAAUCAACUGCAAAAGUCCAGAUGAUAUUGAUAGUAUAUUUGAUUCUAUAAGUUACGCUAAGGGAUCAGCAAUUAUUAGAAUGAUUAAUGCUGUUAUGGGUGAGAAGAAUUUCCAACAAUGAAUCUCGAAAUACCUCAGUUUGUAUAAAUACAAAAAUACCCGUACUAAGGAUCUCUGGAAGGUGCUUGAAGAUGGAUCAAGUGGCUCAGAUGGUCAGACAUCUCAAGAUAGCAAAGUAGAUGUCUCAUUUAUGGAUCAGUGGACUAAGACUAAAGGAUUCCCUAUAAUCUCCAUUAUCAGAGAAAUAUCAGAUGAAAAUUCUCAAAAAUUUACAGUUAUUCAGAAAUCCUGUCACAGAAAUGACAUAGAAAAUCUUUGGAAAAUACCUUUGAAUUAUAUAACAUCUUCAGGGAUAACAGGAGACUUAAUCUUGACAGAAAGGAUGGAGGUGAUAACUUUACCUAUCCCAGAAUCAGACAUUAUAAAAUUCAACCAUAACUCAACAACUUUUUGUUUGAUUGAUUAUGAUCCUGAUUACCAAGAAAGUCUUCUAAAUGCUUCGGCAACCUUAUCAAUUCACAAUAGGCUUGGGCUGAUUGAGGAAUUGUCCCUGAUCUACAAACAAAAAGAUAGAUCUUCUCUGAACAAGUAUUGAGUGGAAAUGCUCAAGAGCAUUUAUGAAACCUCCUUCAGCGAGCAGGCUUCUAAUUACUAUCUUUAUAACAGCUUAUGCUCCAUGCUUGGAGUUAGCCUAUUAAACGAUUACAUACCCUUGAUUGCCCUCCAGAAUAACGAAUCAAAUGAGAGUUUUAAUUCUCAAAUCCAUAUUGAGAAAAGACUAAAUUUCUUCCAGAAACACUUUGCAGAAUUGUUCCAUUCUUGUGAUGGAUUCAAUACUAAUGAGACAGAGUAUCUCAAGUGCCAGCUCAUUGGAACUCUGGCACCUUGGCUGCUGUUCAUUACAAAAGAUCAAACUGCUAUUGAUCAAUGAAAAGAGAUUUUACUUAGAGUAAUUGAGAAAAUAGUGACUAGUGACCCUUCAAAAUAUGUUAAUGAAUUUAUCACAUCGAUCCAAAGUGAUAUAAGACCUUGUGUCUAUAUCGGUGGCAUUCUCUCUAAAGAUGAGACUAUAGAAAAAGCUCUAAUUAGUUACUACAAGAACCACAGGGAAACCUUAAUGGAUAAGGGAUAUUUCACUGAGCUGAACAGCCUUUGCAUAGCUCUUUUAUUUUGUUCAGGCCAAGAAUCUCUUAAGAUAAGGUCUUCUGUAAUUAAAGAUGUUGAUAUAAAUGAAGCAAGCCUGAUUACAUACAUACAUAUUUCAAAGCAUAUUCUGAACGAUUUUGUAGAUAAAACUUUCAGACACGAAGCCACUUUCAAAGAUAUUGAGAUACAAACCAGAAAUUUCCUUGUAGUCUCGAACAAACUCAAUGUUAACUUCUCCUACACUCCAGAACCCUUGGAAUAUUUCACCCAAAUUACUGAUAAAUAUCAAGAAAGAAAAGAGGAAAUUGAUGAAAAAGUUGAAUUCUCUCUUGAAGGCACCCAGCAGCUGUGCUAUGACCUAUCAAAUGCUAAUGCACAGAGAAAGUAUAACUCAGAAAGAGCCAUGCCUGAAAUAAUAGAGUUGAGUGACUUUAUUGAAUAA